AUGGCCACUUUCAGGCGCUUUCGCCCAGACGACGUCAACAAGUUCUCGAAAUGCAACUUGGAUCCGCUAACAGAGACAUAUGAGCUCUCCUUCUACCUACAAUAUCACGCCAAGUGGCCAUCGCUGUUCCAGGUCUGCGAAGAUGUUAAUGGCAAUAUCGUAGGAUACAUCAUGGGCAAGGUAGAAGCAUCCCCCGACGCCUUCAAGUUCGCCGAGCACUAUCUACCCUGGCAUGCGCAUAUCACAGCUCUCACCGUCGCUCCCGAAGCCCGACGACUAGGCAUCGGUAAGAUCCUCACCGAACAGCUCGAGCUUGUCGCCGACGCCAAUGACUCCUGGUUUGUCGAUCUAUUUGUCCGCCGAAGCAACGAGCGCGCAAUCACCUUCUACAAGAACAUGGGCUACAGCGUCUUCCGCGUGGUCAAGGACUACUAUGGUGAUCAUGCAACCGACCCGACCCAGUCAAGCGAAGAUGCCUUCGACAUGCGCAAACCCAUGAAGAGAGACCAGAAGCUCCAGCACAUUAGAAGUGACGGGGAACAACACUUUGUCAACCCGGAGGAUGUAUGGUAG